AUGGAGGCGGCGGUGGCGAAGGAGGCGGCGGUGGCGAAGGAGGCGGCGGUGGCGAAGGAGGCGGCGGUGGCGAAGGAGGCGGCGGUGGCGAAGGAGGAGGCGGAGGAGGAGGCGGCGGUGGAGGCGACGGAGGCGGUGGUGGAGAAGGAGGCGGCGGUGGAGAAGGAGGAGGCGGAGGAGGAGGCGGCGGUGGAGGCGACGGAGGCGGUGGUGGAGAAGGAGGCGGCGGUGGAGAAGGAGGAGGCGGAGGCGAAGGAGGUGGUGGAGGCGACGGAGGCGGUGGUGGCGAAGGAGGCGGUGGUGGAGAAGGAGGCGGCGGAGGCGGAGGAGGUGGUGGAGGCGAAGGAGGCGGCGGUGGUGAAGGAGAAGGUGGAGGCGAAGGAGGCGGUGGUGGUGAAGGAGGAGGCGAAGGAGGCGGCGGUGGUGAAGGAGGAGGCGGAGGAGGAGGUGGCGGUGGAGGCGAAGGAGGCGGUGGAGGCGAAGGAGGCGGUGGUGGCGAAGGAGGCGGCAGUGGUGAAGGAGGCGGCGGUGGCGAAGGAGGAGGCGGAGGAGGAGGCGGUGGUGGAGGCGAAGGAGGCGGUGGUGGCGAAGGAGGCGGCGGAGGAGGAGGCGGUGGUGGAGGCGAAGGAGGCGGUAGUGGUGAAGGAGGCGGCGGUGGCGAAGGAGGAGGCGGAGGAGGAGGCGGUGGUGGAGGCGAAGGAGGCGGUGGUGGCGAAGGAGGCGGCAGUGGUGAAGGCGGAGGCGGUGGUGAAGGAGGCGGCGGUGGUGAAGGAGGCGGCGGUGGUGAAGGAGGAGGCGGAGGAGGAGGCGGUGGUGGAGGCGAAGGAGGCGGUGGUGGCGAAGGAGGCGGUGGUGGCGAAGGAGGCGGCAGUGGUGAAGGCGGAGGCGGUGGUGAAGGAGGCGGCGGUGGUGAAGGAGGCGGCGGUGGUGAAGGAGGCGGCGGUGGUGAAGGAGGCGGCGGUGGUGAAGGAGGCGGCGGUGGCGAAGGAGGAGGCGGAGGAGGAGGCGGCGGUGGAGGAGGAGGUGGCGGUGGAGGAGGUGGCGGAGGAGGAGGAGGAGGCGGCGGAGGAGGAGGAGGUGGUGGAGGAGGUGGAGGUGGAGGUGGAGGAGGAGGAGGUGGAGGAGGAGAUGGAGUGGUGA